GCGGCCACACUGGCAAAUAAAAAAAAACAAGACGUCGUCAUUCGCGUUGGAAUUCCAACAAAAUAGUUAAGUUUUCCUUUUGUUUAACAACCGUCGAACAGCCAACGAGUAAGCCAGCGACGACUGCCUGGAUUUCGGAGCAAGUCAGCCAGCAUAAAGCAACAUGGCAGCCGGAACCACACUACAGAAGGCCAUCGAUCUGGUGACCAAGGCCACCGAGGAGGACAGAAAUAAGAACUACGCGGAGGCAUUGCGUCUUUAUGAACACGGAGUGGAGUACUUCCUGCACACCAUCAAAUAUGAGGCGCAGGGCGAGAAGGCCAAGGACUCGAUACGGGCCAAGUGCCUGCAGUAUUUGGACCGGGCCGAGAAGCUCAAGGAGUACUUGAAGAAGGGCAAGAAGAAACCGAUCAAGGAGGGCGGCGAGUCGAGCGCCAAGGACGACAAGGACAAGAAGAGCGACAGCGAUGAUGAGGACGGCGACGAUCCCGAGAAGAAGAAGCUGCAGAGCAAGCUGGAGGAUGCCAUUGUCAUAGAGAAGCCGAAGGUGCAAUGGUCCGAUGUCGCCGGCCUAGAUGCCGCCAAGGAGGCGCUGAAGGAGGCCGUUAUCCUGCCGAUUAAAUUCCCGCAGCUGUUCACCGGCAAGCGUAUACCGUGGAAGGGCAUCCUUCUGUUCGGACCGCCCGGUACUGGUAAAUCGUAUCUGGCCAAGGCCGUCGCCACGGAAGCCAAUCGCUCCACAUUCUUCUCGGUGUCCAGCUCCGAUCUGAUGUCCAAGUGGCUUGGCGAGUCUGAAAAGUUGGUCAAGAAUCUCUUCGAGCUGGCCCGCCAGCACAAGCCCUCGAUUAUCUUCAUCGACGAAAUCGAUUCAAUGUGCUCGGCGAGAUCGGACAACGAGAACGACAGCGUCCGGCGCAUCAAGACCGAGUUUCUGGUGCAAAUGCAGGGCGUCGGCAAUGACACCGAUGGCAUCCUCGUUCUUGGAGCCACCAACAUACCCUGGGUCCUCGACUCGGCCAUCCGUCGGCGAUUCGAGAAGCGCAUCUACAUUCCGCUGCCGGAGGCGCACGCCCGUCUAAUCAUGUUCAAGAUCCAUCUGGGCAACACCACGCACGUGCUCACCGAGCAGGAUCUCAAGGAGUUGGCCGGCAAAACCGAGGGCUACUCUGGCGCGGAUAUAUCGAUCGUGGUGCGCGAUGCCCUCAUGGAGCCUGUGCGCAAGGUGCAGACCGCCACACAUUUCAAGCGGGUAUCAGGUCCGAGUCCCACUAACAAGGAUGAGAUUGUCGACGAUUUGCUGGUUCCGUGCUCACCGGGCGACCAGGGCGCCGUCGAGAUGAACUGGAUGGAUGUGCCCAGCGACAAGCUCUUCGAACCGCCUGUGACCAUGCGCGACAUGCUGAAGUCCUUGUCCCGCACGAAACCCACUGUCAACGAGGACGAUCUGACAAAGCUGCGCAAAUUCACAGAGGACUUCGGCCAGGAAGGCUAGACACACGAUCCCCGCCAGAAACCGUCAGCACCACCAGCUAAUUCUAAUUGUUGCCUAUUGCAUAAAUUCAAACACGUUUUACUUCUGGCUCUCCUUAAACAUUUUUUUUUAUUUUAUAUAUAUAAUAUGUAUACAUACGAUAUAUGGUUAAAUUGUAAUUCAAAUGCGUCGUGCGAUUGCUAAGGAGACAACGGAGAUGCAGUGAGCAGUGAGAAGAGGUUGGGAUUGUUGUAAUCACAAAGUCAAUGUAUUUUUGUACUCUUAAUGUUAAGUGAUAGAAGAAACCCGAAAUCCAAACCGAAUGCAAUAUGUGUGUCCGCCGUUGCGCUUGCGCAACGUAUUUGCCACUCGGACUUGCCACGGACACCUAACCAGAUCGCAUCAAGAGGAGGAGAAGGACGGAGGAGUAGCAAGUGGAGGAGUUUUAGCGCAGCCGAGCAAACCUAUUUAAAAUGUAACGUACCAGAAAUAAAAGCGAAAAUUGUAUACAAUACCGA